AUGAGGUUUGAGUUGAAAAAAAUUUUUUUAUUAUUAAUUUAAUCAACUGAAAGGAGGUCUUUAAAAAAAUUUUUUGAGUAGAAAAAUAGGUAAAAUAUUAAUUAUUGCUGAUUGUUUUUUUAAUUAUUCAUAUGUUGAAUGAAUUUCUCAAAAUAUAAAAAACUCGAGUUUCCGACUUUAGGAGCUUUUUUUGAGUUAUUUUUUUCGUAGCUCUCAUUAAGUUCCUUUAUAAAAAGUUUGCUGCUUUUUUUCACAUAUUCCUAAUGUUUCCUAGAUUGUCGGUUUGAAAGUUUUUUUCAUUCAAAAUAAUGGAUUGUUUCGACUCGAAGUAAAGACUUUCAAAAAAACAAAUUUUAUCAGUAAAAGUGUUUUUGAAGCGCGUUUUGUGGCCUUUCUUAUCGAAAAAAUUGUGCUUAGGGAUUUUAAAACAGCCUAUCAAGUACGGAAAAAAGUAUUUGGAUCUAUACGCAUUUCUAAAACGGAAAUAUGAAAGUACCCAUGCUGCAGGGUGUAACCGAGAGAAUUGAAUGGAAAGGUGUCAUUUAUUAUGAAUGGGGCCUUGAAUGCAGUUUUUUUUUCUCUUUUCAUUGGGUGUAGCCGAUCCCAACAAUAUUAUUUUAACCAGUUUGAAAAAGCGUGAAAACAAUAUUGAAGUAAAAGUACUAAUGUUUUCAGUAGGCACUUCAACUAUGCCUUAGCCAAAACAAAUUUUUAAGCAAUAGAGAAUAAAAUUUGAGAAUAAAAAAAAUUAUUUUGCAGCGAAAGAUGUGUGGCGGCGGCCUACGCCGAGGUGAUGAUCUACAACGAGGCGGCGAAAAAAUGGCAGCCGCCAGGAGGUUCCGAUGGACAAGUCAACAAGGUAUCAUUUGAUCUCACGAAAUGUGACAGGAUAACUGUACAGUAACGCUGUCGAACUAUUUUGUGAGCUCUUCUCAAAUCUCUUGCGCUUGAUUUAUAAUCAAACGAAGACAUUUUGAGCUCAACUUGUUCAGUAAACUUUAUUUUUAAUACUUUUUUUCAUAGCUGGCAAAAAAACUGAUAAAGUAAAAAAAAAUAUUCGAACUUUUUUAUACAUUUGAAAACCAUGUUAGCCCUACAUGCAUGAAGCUUAUUUCCACUAACUUUGUAUAUCUUUCUGAUGUAUAUUCUUACAUAAAAAAAUUUUUUUGCGAACUUUUUUUUGUAAAACAAAAAUAGUAUAGGCCAUUCCGCGCUAGCUUGUCACGCUUUUCUUUCCGCCAAAACUCCAGGUCAAAUUUAACCAACUUUCGCUUCAAGACCUUUGUUUCUUGCCGUUAUAAGAGCAGAAAUUUGAUCUAAUUUUGUAUACGGUCCUUUUGGCGGAAAGAAAAACGUGACAAGCUGGCGCGGAAUAGGCUAUAUCACCAGUGAGUCUGCAGAUCUUUGCAAGUCUCAUUCAUGAGUCACGUUUUUCAGGUGGAAAUCAUGAGCAGCCUCCACAAGACGGCGUUCCGGAUCGUUUCCCUCCGAGAGCGCGUAGGACAUUUCCCUCGCUGUUCCCUGUAAAUAGAUUUUGGUUUUGAAGGACGGCGCCUGCAUCCUCAACUGCAACAUCUACAAUCGCCUCAAGUACCAUCCCGCCACCAGCACGUUCCACCAAUGGAGAGAUGAGCAUCGACAGGUUCCUUUUGAGGAUCAAAUAAACACAUUUCUGAAAAAAUGAUAGAUUUUCAAAUAACUUAUUCCGAAAAAAGUUCAUCUUAUCACUAACCUCUAACAUCGAAUUCCGUACUGAAGUUUUCUAUCACUUAAAACAACUUAUAUCUUUUUUCAGAGAUGUAAAAGUUAAAAGUCGACAAUUUUGAGUUGAAACUUCUUAACGGAAUUGAAGCCAGGAAAUAUAAUUUUGAACAUCUUUUGAAAAAGGUUUGAGCUUGAAAAUAGCCACACAGCAUUUUUAUCAGCUUAUAAUCGUUCAUCUAGAAGUUCAUGGAUCAUUACUUUUCUGUUGGCUCAAAUUCGAAUGAGAAUUGUUUUUAUUUCUAUUUCGCUGUAUAUUCAAUAGAAAAAAAUCUAGAAAAAAUCUUGAAAUCUGCUCUUCUUUUUAAAGUUCUUUCUCGAGAAUUUGUACUAAUUUUUUUGGCAUAGGAUUUGAAAAAUCACUUGGAUUGAUUACUUGCAUAAUUAUAUAUAAUUCUAUGUACUUCUCGAAAAUGUUGAAAACGGAGUUCAGGUCUACGGUCUCAACUUUUCUUCGGAAGUCGACGCUCGGAAUUUCCUGAGCGCCAUGGGUCAGGCCGUUGAUCAACUGAACCACCAGCCUCCCACCGAAUAUCAUUCUAUCAAUUCAGGUAAACUUUUUUUUCUCUUUUUAAGAAGCGAAGUUAUCUCUGACUUUCUAAGGUUUAAUAAUCUUUUCCACUCUUUGAUGGUUAUUCUGAAUUUAGCGGAUUCGCUCUGAACAUGGCAAAAGAAAGUCGAAAAAAUAGAAAAAGUUUUGGCUGUUAAAAAUUUUGAAAAAAGUUGGAGGCACUGCAAAAAAGUUUUACCGGAAAGCUUUCAAUGAAAUUGAAAACGCUAGUAACUGGUAAACGUUCGAAACAUUUGAAAAGCAACCUUUGGUAAGAAAAGUUUUCCUUUUUUUUUUGAAGUUUGAGCAUUUUUUUGGAGUUCUUAAAAAAUAAAUCAAUCACCUGAAAAGAAAGUCUUUCGGAACGUUCAGCUAAACCUUUUUGCUAGAUUUAUUUGCUAGUACAUAUCUCCCUUUGAAACCCCAAGGGAGAACAUUUACCAAAAUCAUCAUUUUUUCGGGAGCACUCUAAAUUAUUAAAUUUUCCCUGACCAUAAUCUGGACUUUAUCGUUGCCGAAAGCUUCUCAAAUAGUAAUCCGGCCAACGAGACUUAACAUAUCGAUGUUUUGCAAGUUCUCGUGCUGUCGGCCUUCUGAUAACUCAGGUUUUCUUUUUUCACAGUACUUGGAAUAGAAGACGUAGUAUAAUGGGUCCUUGAAACGAAUUUCGUUGAAGGUAUCGUUUUUCCAGACAACGUCUAUCAAGAUCCCCACCAGCACUUGUCGCAUAUCCACUCGGCGCCGGCUUUCGGAGAACACCACGAAAACGAGAACCACGUCGCCAACGUCAACGCCAGCUUUCGGUUAGUCUUCCCAUAACUCAUUAAUUAUUGAUAGUAUGUGUUUUUCUCUGGAAAUUGCAUAGAGCCACUAAGAUUUCUAUUGCAGCGUUUGGUUGAGAUAAUUUUUGGGUAUAAUUGGUUAGCUAAACGACUGAAACAUUUUCAAAAAUCAAUCACUAUAUGGAAUUUCUUAGAGUGAACUAAGAAACUAAAGAAAAUGUUCUUAGUCUUGGGGAAAAAAACUAAAUUAAAUACAAAUAUUUUUUUCUAUUUUACUGAAAAAAACAAAGAAAAAUUUUUUUGAAUACUUCUUCAUGGUUUAAUUUUUCUGAAGGCGUCUGGGUUUUUUUUCACAGAUUUUUCCUUUACAGGAAGUCUUCGCAGCCGGUGACCUCUAUGAACUCCGUUCUGGGGAUGAGUCAACAGCAGCGAAGAGCCUCCCAAGCCUCGAACAGCAGUGGCAGCGCCAUCGCUUCCAACUCUCAUGCCUACUCGCAGGUAUCUCGCCCAAGUCUCUACGAGUCUCCAACGUCAAUCCUCAGGAACAGUCGGACUCUCGAGGCUACUGGCAGUCGUCGGCAGCUCCUGCAGCUCCAGUCGCCGCCCAAAAUGCUCCUCCUCCAGCUCCAGUGCCUCCGUCUUCGGCAGUUCCGCCGGCGCCGCCUCUUCCACCUCUGAACAGCGGUGCUCCGCCGCCGCCGCCUCCUCCGCCGCCUAACUUCGCUGCCGCGAGUACGGCCAAAGGGACGAGGUUAGUAAUUUGAAUUUCCUCGACAAAGCUUGCACAAGAAGCACUUUCCAGUACCAUUCAGCUUUUCUUGCUUUUCCACGAAUUAAAAAAAAUUACAGUUUGGCCGAUCAGUUGAAGAUGAAAAGCGCGGCUUUGAACAAGACGGUCGGACCAAAGGAGACGAGAAGCCCUGCAGAACAAUCGACGGCAGCGCCACCACCAGCACCUGGUCAGUUUCAUUUUUUUUAUCAUCAAGUUCAAAAACUCAUGUCACUUUUGUUAAGAUUAACUUUAUUGCAGCUUCUGGAAAUCUGAUGUCGGAACUGGCGGCGACGAUCAACAAGCGGAAGAUGACGCAGGCGAAGGCCGACGCCGUCGACUCCAAGUCCAACACGAGUAACGGUCUUGAACGACGUCGCCUCCCGAUUCGCUCACCGAUCUCCAUUUCAGCGUCGACAGACAGCGGCUGCGGCAUUCCGCCGGUCAACGGGGGCCUCACCAACGGGAACGUCAAGAAGGUCGCCGACGUCAAGCUCAACGGCAGCGACAGUCCCAAAACCCACAGGAAGUCGGACUCCAAACAGCUUCCCGUCCUUACAGAAUGUCUUUCAGAGCUCCCUCCGGCUCUUCGAUUUUCUCGCAGGACGAGGCGAAGGCCGCUAAUGUUGCUGAGCUUCUAGAGAGGUUUGAAACUUCAUCUUCUUUACUUUUUGAACUUUUUCUAGAUAGACAGAUAGAAAAUUUGCUCAGUGGGAAAUGUUAUCAAUUUGGGGUUUUCGGUCUCGUUCUUUUCUAUGAAGUAAAAGCGAGAUGAUUCGAGAAAAUUUGCCAUUUUUUUCCUUGUUUUUGAAAGAAUAAAGAUAUAGACCAUUACUCUAAUUUUUAACUUUCACACAAAAUCUUUAUUUGCCAUUUACCUUGUGUGUUUCUCACCUAGAUCUGUAGUAAAAAUAGGAUGAAAAGUCCGAAACAAAAAUCUCAAAGUUUACAAAAAUCUCAAAUUUUUCAACUUUUUGAUAUUUAUAAAAUUAUUGCAGAUUCAAAGCGGAUCUGAUGGUGGAGGUGCGGUUAGAGAUAAAUAAAGCCAAGCAUGACAUCAUUGAGGCCUUAAGAUCUGAACUAUCGAGAAGAUAG